CCCACGACUAAGAAGCUUGAAGUCCUGCUCAUCAAGCGCUCCGAUAGCGGCGACUGGGCGUUCGCUGGCGGCAUGGUCGACGACCAGGUGCGUGGGGAGAGACCAGAGGGACACACAUAUCUGUCUGUACUCAAAAACGUCAAUCUGCCCUACGCAUGCAUGUCUUGAUUGUACAGGAGUACAUGACCCCCGUCACAACUGCCGCACGGUGGGGCGUAAGCGUGAGGCUAGCUUGCGCUCGUGUCUUUCCCGAUCGAUCAUGCCUGCAGGGAGCUGAUUGAGGAGACCCUCACAGGCAAAGACGCAAAAUCCAUCUGCGACAACUGGAGCACCAUCAAGAAAAAGAAGAGCCUUAAGGUCAUGAUGACCACAAUGGGCCUGGACGUGGGCAAGGGAGACAUCAAAUUCGCCUGCAAGGGCGGCGAGGACAAGUGCAAGGAAGUCGACUGCGAGGCGGCGGUCUCCGAGGAAGGUGUCCAGAAGCUGCUGAGCUCGGCUGCACUGGUGUACGCAGGAUACGGUACGUACGUACAUCGAGAGAUACGUACAGGAAAGGAUACCAACGUUGGUACAAAUGUACUGAUUCCCUGAGUGGAUCGAUGGCUCACCAUUUACUCCUGCGUUCGUUCAGUUGACGAUCCCCGCAACACCGACAACGCCUGGAUGGAGUCGUUCGCUUUGGCAUGGAUGGUCCCUGACGACCUCGCUGACCGGGUCACCGACCUGCCUGGAGGGUCCGACUCCACCGAAGGUCGGUGACAGUGACACGCCCAUGCAUACGUGCAAACCGACGACUUCUCGUCUGCAUCUGCAUGUAAUGUUGAUGGAUACAGUUGCCUGGUGGCCCAUCCACAAAUCGAUCCCCAAGGGCAGCGGGGAGGAGGCCCCGAUGCUCAAGGACGGGACGCUAUUCGCCAGCCACUCGUUCUUUCUGCGCGCCGGCACCCACGCCCUCCUUGAGCUCCCCAAGGUGCGAGGCACCAUUACCAACUACGCUGCUAUCCAGAAGGCGUUGGCGAAAGGUGAGUGAGUGGGGGGAGGGGGCUGGUUCUUGAUUCGAUGGUUUGUGCAUGCUUGCAGCCGAGAAGCAAAGCCCCUACAAUCUCUACUUGAAGUGAGUACACGUCGAUUCAUCCAUGUCGCAU